UCUUGAAGAUUGAAUGCAUGUUUGGCACGGUACCUAUCCAUCUGAAUCCCCACCUAGAGGCAACAGGUUACACGUCUCGCCUCCCUCAAAUGCACUUAUAGCGCACGGCUUUUGCACGGCUUUGACUUUCCUCUUCUCCCAGCACUGCGCCUUUUGCACAUGCCUCUCACCAUGGUGGAACAUAACGGCCUGGAUAUUAUGUGUCCGAACAAGUAUAGCAACAGCUCCUCGUCGUCGUCCAGCUCCGAGCAGGACACGAAGAUCUUCAGCAAACUAAAACUCAGUUUGUCUGAAGACUAUCCGAAGAAGAACGCGGAGUUCCUGAGCGGACAAUACGGGACCAAUCUGCUGCUGAUCGGGGCGGCGUUGAUGCUUGCCAUCGCAAACAAGAGCCCCUCCGUUAAAGAAGAGGAUCUGCGGUCCUUCACUACCUGCCUCAUGAUCCUCCAGCUGCUCUGGAUGAUGUGGUACAUCUUGGUGCGGGACAGGCAAAAGAGCACGCCGCCAGAAAAAGAUGUACACGCCACCUCAGGCUGGAUAAGAGGUGGUUUGACCCUUCUUGCACUCCUUUCACUGAUUAUGGAUGCUUUCCGAAUUGGGCAAUAUGUUGGUUUUCAGCCUUGUGUGUCGGCGGUGCUCGUGGUAUAUCCUGUCAUCCACGCAACUCACACUAUGGCACAGGUGCAUUUUCUCUGGUUUCACAUCAAGGAUGUCAUCAAGAGCUUUGAAACAUUUGAGAGAUUUGGUGUAAUCCAUGCAGUCUUUACCAACAUCCUCCUGUGGUGCAGUGGUGUGAUGUCAGAGGCUGAACACUUCCUGAACAACCACAAGAGGAGACUUUCUGCCCUGGGCCUCGUAAACCUCACUACAGAGUACUCAGAACCACAAUGUAACUGCACCACCAGCACAUGCUCCAUGUUCGCCACCAGCCUCUACUAUCUCUACCCCUUCAAUAUCGAAUACCACAUCUUUGUUUCUGUCUUGCUUUUCGUGAUGUGGAGAAAUAUUGGACGCACCAUUGACCUCACUUCAAACCAUAAAAGGCAGGUUGCCAAAAACCGGGGCUUGAUCUUAGGUCCUCUUGUGGGUCUACUUGCCCUGGCCAGCACUAUCGGGAUACUGGUGGUCUACGUUACUCAUGUAGAGAAGUCAAUCCAAAUGCGAAGGUCAGCCGUUUCCAUGUUCUACAUUUAUGCCAUCGUCAUGCUGACAGUCAUGUGCUGCGCCGGUGCUUCGGGUCUGCUCAUAUACCGAGUGAACCACAUGCCGCUGGACACCUCCAAGAACCCGUCAAGGCAGCUGGACACGGAGGUGCUGUUUGGAUCCUCCAUUGGCUCCUGGUUCAUGUCAUGGUGCAGCAUAGUGUCUGUGCUAAGCACCGGAAGCAACCCUCCUUAUCGCUGGACAAAUUUAGUCUACUCUCUGUUUAUUGUGUUGGAGAAAUACGUCCAGAAUCUGUUCAUCAUAGAGUCUUUGUAUCGCCAGCAAGAGGAUAGAGAGAGGCAGGACCCAGAGUUACCAGCUGCUCCAGAAGUCUUCUCUGUCACUUCCUCUCUCGCUCCGCCGUACAAUGGCAUCAUCAACCGAACUUUUGAAUCUCCAGACAGGAGCUGUGUCUCUACUGAGAGCGAGCAGGAGGAGAGUGAGCAGGUUUAUGGAUGCCCACGGAAACAUUCAGAUGUGCCAGCGCCUGUGGGAAACGAAACAGUGGAACGCCCAAAUAUAAAGAGGCAGAUCCUGAAGAAUAUUGCCGUUUUCCUUAUUAUGUGUAACAUUUCGCUGUGGAUUCUUUCUGCCUUUGGCUGCAGGCCACAGUAUGACAACGGACUGGAAGAGGAGACAUACGGCUUCAGCAUAUGGAGCACAGUUCUCAAUUUUGCCAUCCCUUUGAACCUUUUCUACCGCAUGCAUGCAGUUGCCUCCCUCUUCGAAGUGUUCUCCAGAGUCUGACAAAAUAGCAGAUGACUGACAAUGCCAACACGCACACGAACACUUGUCACCACUGGCUCUCGAGAGUGUGUCACAGCGCAGGUCAACCAUUCAGGAGGCAGUCUGGAUCACAGUCCAACAGACUUGAAAAUAAUCUGUGGAGACAAACGUUGAUCCCUCACUGUGGGGACUGCAGAGGAGGACAAAACUAUUAGACCUGGUUCCUUAAAGAAUUAACUUGUGUAAUGCAAGGGUUGUUAAAGCUAGUGAUGAAAAAAAUAUUUGGUUUUAUAAAUUUAGAAAGGGUUCUUUGUACUUUUUAUAUUGUAGUAACAUUAC